CGCACCGCAUAACAAAACACUGCGACUGCCUCUUUAUAGUAUCUCUCUCUCUCUCUAUAUAACGAAUCAGAGCCCAAAAAGAACAGCAAAUUCCCAACUCCAAAAAUGGACCUUUCUUCCUUCCGCUUGCUUUUUCUCUUCUCUCUUUUGGUUACCCAUCUCUCUUUCUCUCAUGUCCUCGCUGAUUCCCACUUCGAAGGAUUUGACGCCGAAGAGGAUGACCCUGUUGAAGAUGACAUCUUACAUCACCAUUCCAUCCCAUCGCCUCCUGUAACUCAGUCCGAUUCACAGCCCCUUUCAGAUCUUGAAACCAAAUCCCAUCCUGAUCCCAAUCCUGUCCCCACUUCGGAUUCUCCGUCCCAGUCGGAUCUUCAAAAGCCCUCCACUACUUCUUUCGACUACUGGGAUGAGGACGAGUUCGAGGGUUUACCCAUCGAACAACCGCCACCCGAACCUCCAAAAGUUACUGAAACCGCUACUCCCGAUGACCCAGAAUCGGAAACAACUUCGAAACCCCAAAACGCUACGGUUCCGAAGAAAUCGUUCACGGUGGAGAUUGCCUGUGGGUCUUUCUUGAUUGUUUUUAUAGUCAAUUACUUUACCGGUAAACGUGAAAACGAGAACCUUGCUUUGGCAUGGGCAGCCAAAUUCGCUACAAAAGGUUCUAUCUUUGAGAAAAAUUUCAGUCUUUUGGGUGUGGGAGAAGGGGAGGACUCGCCGUUACUGUUAAAAGAAGGGCAAACCGUAUUCAAAUUCUACGCGAGUGGACGAAGAUACUGCCAGGGAUUGCUGGCAACGAUGGAGUUAAAGAGCAGACAUGAUCUGAUAUCGAGAUUGUUUAAUUUGGUGGUCCCGUGUAAAGAUGAAAUUACUUUUGAAGUUUAUAUGAAUGAUGAAGCAAUGGAUCAGGUGGUUUUCGCGGUGGCAAAGAAGAAAGCGGCCAAAGGGAUGCAAAAAGAGGUGAGAGAUUUACAAAGAUUUGCCGGGUUGAUGCCGACUCCUAGUGGAAGAAAAUGGGUGGUGGAUGAACUAUCCGUCAUUUCCGAGUCAAAGGAGGUUGCUGGGGAUCUGAUUACCGAGACUGUGCUUGAGCAGGUUUUUGGGGACAAAGCUUUUGAGAAAUACGGAAAGAAUUUCAUUUCGAUGCAUUUUUCAGAUCAACAUCCUGGUCUGCUCAGGAAGAUGCUGUUGUUUAAGUUUGCCCUCCCUGAUGCCAACCACAUGGCUGACAUCACUCGCUUGGUAGCUCUUGUACCAUACUACAUUGACUUAAUUGGGCGGUACAAGCUCAGCUCACAGGCUCGAUCCAAAACUGAAGCAGCAAGAGUGAAGGCUGCCCAAGAAGCAUACAAAGAACUUCAAAAUGCAAGGCAAGAAGCAUUGCAGAGAAAGAAAGCAGAGAAGAAAAAGAUGUUAGAAGAGGCAGAGGCAAAGCUCAGUGCAGAAGCGGCUCGCAAGAGAGAAGCAAAAGAUCGUGCUCGGCAGAUGAAGAAGGCAAUGCCAAGAAUGAAGAUGACCCGCGCUCAUUAGAUGGCUGUGGGCAUUAGUAGUAUGAAUGCUUACUCAUCUGCAGAUUGCAGGUUAUUAGUUCCCUGGUUUCUGUAUGUCACUGGGAAUGUAUUUUUAGUUGUCAACUACCGAUUCGGAAUGUUCCUGAAGAUACUGCUCCAGGAACUUGAUAAAGUUUCUUCCAUGGAUGACAUUUUAAACGCAAUUCCCAAGUAAUGAUUUUGAUGUGCUGAUUUUGUCUA